ACAGGUAGGAGAUAAAGCAGGUGUGCUGGUGUCCUAGGAUAAAAGGAGGCCGUGUCGUAUCAGUACUCAGUAGAUGGUUCCAGGGAGAAGGCCAGAAAGCUUUCAGAGGCCAUGGCUGUGUAGGCAGCAGCCAUAGCUAUCUUGCUCUUCAACUUGCCUAGCUACUAGCUCUAGGCCUAGUUAGGUAGGCCUGUAUCUGAGUUAGGAGACAGGCAUGGGGAGGCCUCCUUGCUGCGACAACGGCGUCGGCGUCAAGAAAGGGCCGUGGACGCCGGAGGAGGACAUCGUCCUCGUCUCCUACAUCCAGCAGCACGGCCCCGGGAACUGGCGGUCCGUGCCCGAGAACACCGGGUUGAUGAGGUGCAGCAAGAGCUGCAGGCUGCGGUGGACGAAUUACCUCAGGCCCGGGAUUAAGCGCGGGAACUUCACCCCACAUGAGGAAGGGAUCAUCAUCCACCUUCAGGCUUUACUUGGCAACAAGUGGGCAGCCAUAGCCUCCUACCUACCUCAAAGAACAGACAAUGACAUCAAGAACUACUGGAACACACACCUCAAGAAGAAGGUGAAGAGGCUGCAAACACAACCAGCUGAAUACUUCCAAACCACCCCCUCCAAUGCGGUAACCAGCUCAAACUACUACAGCCCUGGCAGCACCCACCACAAACUUCAAGCCAUGCAAGCCAUGAACAACUACCCCACAUGUAGCAGUGCACCAAGCAGUGAGGCUACUACCGUCUCGAAUCCCUUUCAGACAUGGAUGACGCCAUCACCAGCAACAACAGCUACUUGCAAGAUCAACAUGCAAGAGUUCCACGGCGAAGGGGCAGCUUCCAUUGUUUGCAAGGAUCAAACUGUGGGCGGUGACGAUAAGUCAUCGCCGUUGGAGAUGGUGGCACCGGUAAUCAUGGGUUCGAGCACCGCAACCUUCUCUCUGCUUGAGGACUGGCUGCUCGACGACAUGCCGGGGCAGGCCAUUGAUGGACUCAUGGGGAUCUCUGCUGGCUGCUGUGCAGAUCCCAUCAUGUUCUAGUUGUAUCGUCUUGGCUAUCUUAGGUUCCUAAUUUUCAAUGGGUGUGCGCCUGUACUGUUGAUUGAUCGAAUGAUAGAUCAGGUCGAUCCUGUGUUUCCGGUAAUAAGCCGUUUGUUUCCUCGGGAAAAAAAAAUCUGGAGAUGAUCUAGUUAAUUUGGAGAAAAUAUUAGUACUGGAGGACAUAAUAAAAGGGUUUAAACUUCAGUAACCUAGCUAGUUUGGUUGUUUACUUGA